CACCUUUCACUAGUCGUUAGCAUUAUUUGAAAUGUUGAAAUCGGUUUUUGCUUUAGUUAUACCACUGCUGCUAACGGUGACAGAGGCGCAGUUUCGACCAGGCGGUCCAAAUCGGUUUGGACCACCAGGUCCAGGUGGUCCCAAUCGAUUCGGGCCACCAGGUCCAGGUGGUCCUAAUCGAUUCGGGCCACCAGGUCCAGGUGGUCCCAAUCGAUUUGGGCCACCGGGUCCAGGUGGUCCACCACAGUUCGGUGGAGGACCAGGUGGACCACCACGUCCGGGUUUGCCUGGACCACGACCAGGACCACCUGCUCCAAGACCACCACCACCACCAGUGCCAAGACCACCACCACUACCGCGACCACAACCACAACCACAACUGGAUAAGCUGCUUCUCUGCACUUAUACACAGAUAGCGCAAGAUAAGUGUCUCUACACGCUGCAGCAGGCUGCUAAUGCUUCUAUAGAUCUCAAGUUGCAAUGCAUACAAAAAGACUCCUACGCCGCAUGCCUAAGUGCGAUCCAAACGUCUGUGGCACACUUGGUGGUGGCCGACGAGCAUGAGUAUAAUGCAGCACGUGCUGCAAAUCUAGCAACGGUACUGUAUGCGCACGAGAAUGUAAGCGACUACUAUGUGGCCGUGGCGCCCGGAAACAUUACACUCAUCGAAUUGGACCAGGCGAUUAUAAAUGUCAACGAGUCAGAUGCACGCGCCUUCCAUGCCGCCGUUUUCUUCAAUCUACAACGUGGUCAUGACAUCUGCCAAUCGAGCGGACUUAAUGCUACUGGCAAUGUUACCAUCGAGAUUGUCAAUACGGCACAAUACAAUGCAACCGGGGAUGAGUUACUUAUAUGCGCCAAUCGCUCGUUGGCCGAAUGGAGUGAUUACGGCACCUGCAAUGUGGAAGCGAGCUUGGAACGCGCCGUUUUUGCAGCAAAGCCGCUAGCGGCCAAUACUGCCUUUAGGUGUCUCGUUGAAAGUACUUUCGCCAAAAUACUAAAGUAUUUGGGACCGGAAAGUGUUAACUGGAAUUUCUUUGCUGAUUUCCAAAAUACAUCCGAUGUUAUCUUCAAGAAUGACACAAUUGGAUUUUCGCAAACUCCCAACAUCAGAAAUGGCGUCACUGAGGCAGUAUUUAACAAAUUGCAUUGCAAUUUCGACGAACAGGCCCACAAUUCUAGCCAGCUAGAAUGAAUUAAUUGGAAACUUGAAUAUGCAUAUAUACUAUAAAUAUACACAUACCAUAAAAUAUAAAUAAAAUAUCAUAUUAUAUUAAAAAAUUAAAAAAAAAUGAUUCUUAAAGGAUUUAAAUUUUUUUCAACCAUUUUAUUACAAUGGGAGUCGUCUAAUAUGAAUUUUAAUU